AUGGACAAGCAAAAGCCUAACAAAGUAAUUCUCAACAUCCUUAAAAAGAUGAUUGAGAAUCAUCCAAAGGAGUGGUAUCACUUGCUUUCUGAGGCCCUUUGGGCUUACAGGAAUUCAAAAAGAUCAAGUACGGGUAUCACACCAUAUAUGCUUACUUAUGGACAUGAUGUCGUUCUUCCAAUGGAAAUGACAAUUAGGUCUGCAAGGGUAGCUUUCCAAAAUAGGCUAACUCUAGUAUAUUACAACUAUGCCAUGUUGGUGGAACUAGAAGACCUUAAUGAAGUCCGUCUAAAUGCCCUAGAUCAUAUUAUUGCUCAAAAGAAGAAAGUCAUGCGGGCAUAUAACAAGAAGGUUAAGGCAAAGACGUUUGUGGAAGGAGACUUGGUGUGGCAAGUCAAAUUUCCACCUGGAAUCAAAACUUUGGAAUAUAGAAAAUGGACUCCUAAUUGGAAUGGUCCUUACUUGGUGGAACGAGUCCUUGGAAAAAGGAGCUUAUAA